AUGGCUUCUGCGUCAAGAGGUCGACUAUUAGAGCUUGCAAAGCUCCAAUGCUCAAUAUUCUCUACCACGUUCAACCCCAACCAACAGCGACUGGGUAACAAAAUCCUCCGAGCGAGAUUACGAGGUCCUGCGCUGGCCUCAUACUAUCCGAGACGAUCGACUACUGUGGAGGACAUGCUGAACGAGUUUAAGAGAUUUGACUUGGAAGGAAGCAACGAAGACGAAGAUGCCAGACUCGAAAACAUCCAGCUCGCCAAACUUCGAGGCAAGGGUGCUCCCAAAAAGAAGCGGACGGCAGAAGAGAGUCGGUUGAAGAAGGGCAAAAAGAAAUAG